AUGCGGGUAGCGCGUAUAAGAGAGAGGGAGACGAUGCAGAGUCUACGUGAGACAAUGCACCGUCUAGAAGCUCGAUAUCAAGAGGCAUACAUACACCUGGUCAACGAAGGGGCGAGGUUGAAAGACGAGAACUUUCAUUUUCGACGAGCUCUUCACGAGAAGAAUAAAUUGCAGGAAACCCUGGAGAGAUUGUAUGAAGAUUCGCACCAACCAUUAAUGCAAGAAGAGAUUAACAUGCGACGUUGCGUUUUUGAAGAUCAGUGUGCACACAACGCCUGGGCACCGCUCAGGGAGGUGGAAGUCUGGGAGUUCAUCCGCACUACCCACGACCGGAUUCUCGCCACAAUACAGUCGAUAGCGCAACAUGCAGCGCUAAGAGAAUUGGACUCGACCACGAAAUCUCAGCCCUCGUUCUUGGGGUGGAAAGUGCGAUACCAUCGAGAAGCCGAAGAAAUACUAUUCUCCUUCGAGAAGCCUUUCUACCACGUGACAGCACUACAGGCCAUGCAAAACACAUGGAACAACGAGUUAUCCAUGCAGAGUUACCGCAAGCCAGCCGAUGUAGCCACACAGUCCAUGGCUAUAUUUCAGAUGAUCAACGACGACACGUACGUGCUUAGAAGGCGAAUACAUUUCCGGGACAAGGUAGUUAGCUCGCACUAUCUCCGAUUCCGAUUGAAGACGAGCUCAGGGUAUGCGAUAGGGAACUGUACAGUCGACAGAAAGCCUGAGGAAGACAGACCGAUCUGGGCAGCCAAUCUGUCACUUUGGACCGACUUCAUCACUCCUCGGUCGGUGCUAAACAAAGAAUACUGCGUCGUGCGCAUCUCCGGCAGAAUGAAAGUGGACGCCAACGAGGCGGCAGCGACGAAAGCGGCAACUGAUAUUAUCUUCGGACUACUUCGGUGGGAAAACCUAAAUAUCGGUCCCGUGUUUACUUUCACGGCAAGUUAA